AGAAGCCUCGAUGGAUGCCGCCUUCAUUUGAAGCUCCCCACCACAAGCGAUAGCACGCGCACAGAAAGGCGAAGCCGAACACCCCUUCCCCCUCCCGGCUCCCGCCGCCACUGCCCGCUCCACCGUCCUACGGCCAUGGGAGACAACAGCGCGGCGGACGCGCCGGUGCCGGGCAGGUUCGGCAGGAUCUGCGUCUUCUGCGGCAGCAACCCCGGCAACCGCGCGGUCUUCGGGGACGCCGCGCUCGACCUCGGGAAAGAGCUGGUGGCGAGGGGGAUCGAUUUGGUCUACGGUGGCGGCAGCGUCGGGCUCAUGGGCCUGAUCGCGCAGACGGUUCUUGAUGGCGGCUGCAGUGUCCUCGGGGUGAUCCCAAGAGCACUCAUGCCCCUUGAGAUAUCUGGUGCUAGCGUUGGUGAAGUAAAGGUUGUCUCUGACAUGCACGAAAGGAAAGCUGAGAUGGCGCGACAAGCUGAUGCCUUCAUUGCUCUUCCUGGAGGGUACGGAACAAUGGAAGAGUUGUUAGAGAUGAUAACAUGGUCACAACUUGGAAUUCAUGACAAACCAGUUGGAUUGCUAAAUGUUGAUGGUUACUAUGACCCGUUGCUCACGUUAUUUGAUAAAGGCGCGACAGAAGGUUUUAUUAAGCAGGAUUGCAGAGAUAUAAUUGUUUCAGCGCCGACCGCCCAUGAAUUGCUGAAGAAAAUGGAGCACUACACACGAUCACACACGGAGGUCGCCCCACGGACAAGCUGGGAGAUGUCAGAGCUGGGCUAUGGAAAAGCACCGGAGACAUAGCAUACGCUUGCCAAGAUGACAUUUAGCGUUACUGGGCUGCAGGCACUGGCUUUCAAUUAUCAUCUUUUGAUCCAUCUAUUUAGUAGCCAUUCAUGCUACUUGUGCGCUCAAUUGUUACUUCAUCUGGUGAACAAGAGUACAAGAAUUUGUAUGUUCUUCAACAGUAACAGUGUUGGCAAAUGCAUACGUGAUUACAAUAGUUUGUUCCCCGUGGUUACAAUAAUACCCAUUGUACAACAAAGGUAUAUUAUGUUUACUGUUGCUACGUGUGGUUAUCAUUA